AUGGGUGUGGAAGAUGAAAUGAAGAAAGCGUCCUGCUCCUGUUCAUCCAUAUGUUUUGAAUAUCCUCAGUCAAGUAUGACGCGUCCAUUAAACAAAAGAAGAGGUUUGAUAGAAAAUAUAGGACUUUGUGAGAAGAUAAUGGCUGAAAUGAUGCUGAAAGAAAAAGGAGAGGCCUUUCCUGAAAAAGAUUAUAGUGAUCAAAAGAGAAAAUCUACAGAAACUUGUGUUUUUAAAGCACAUCAAAAUACGAAAACUAGUAUUUCACCGUUGUCUGUUCAGAAGAAAUACGACUCAAGAAAAACUCACAAAGCUGCAAAUCGCCAGGUAUAUUCUGAAAGACGUCUGCCGAAGAGUUCUCCAAAUAUGGCAACAAAAUGCACAGAAGAAAAUAUAUCUUUUCUACUUUCACAUAUUUUAACAGACGGUAGCGGCCAGCCAACAAACGGGAAGCAAUCCGUUAAUUACCAUAUACCCACUGAAAUCCCAGAGCAUACAUUCAUUCAAAAACCAACGAAUCCAAUCAAUGUUGCAUCCAAAGAAACCGAUGAAGGGAUUCAAGAAACUGGUUCAGUUCAGGAUGUCAAUAGACUUAAUAGUCCAAUUUCAAAAGCUUCUAAGUCAAUUCAGUGCUCAAUUGACAAACCAAUUACAAAUUCUGUUGAAAUUCAUUGUGAUAUUUUAAGCGUCAUUAAAAAUGAUGAUUUCUCAUUUGUUCUCGAUGAGAACAGUAAAUUAAUUGCUCAACAAAAAGCACAUAUUGAACAUUUAAAGCAUGCUCUAUCAUCGGAACAAAAUAAAGUUCAAAGUCUACAUAGUCAGUUGUGCAAAAAUCAACUCGAAUUUGACAAAGCUAAAUUAGGCUGGUUGCAGAAAGAAAAUCAGUUUAAACUAGAAAAGGACCGGUUUCAUAGAAAGAUCUCUGUUGUUGUCACUGCUAAAGAACAAGUAUCAAAAAAUCUUGAAAUUUCACGAGAAUAUAUAAAACUCUUGAAAGAACGCAUUUCUAUGUUGGAACAGUGUUAUUCAAACAUAAUUCCAAAUCCACGUAACUCAGAGCAUUUUUCACAAGAACGAUCUGACAAUUUCCCAACAGAGCGAACGAAUUGCAAACGGUAUCUAAAAAAUAUUGAUUCAAUUAGAUCAACACCAGAUUUAUCAGCUACUUUUCCUACCUUAAGCAAACUUCUUUCUCUCAGUAGUGAAUAUCGAGAUCCUCAUGAAUGUGUGACACCAAAGGUUCUUCAGCGUCUAACUAAUCAAUCAUGUCAAACGAACAAACGUGCUCACAACUACAUCAGUUGCGGCACGAACCAACUACAAAAUACAACCAGUCUUGACAAUUUAUAUGAAGGUGAUCGUAUUUCGGUGCAUUCAACGGCUUCAAGUUCAAACGACAUCCGAAAAAUAGUUAACCACCAAGAAAUCAUAGAGCUUGAUAAUAAAUGUUCCUUAUCUUCUAGUGUAACUUCCAGUAUUUCCCCACUUCAAGUGAUUGACGAAAUGGAAUUUCAAGACAACUUAGCUCUUCUGGAUCAGCGGAUUAACAAUGUUCGGGAGUCACUCAGAUUGAACCCUGUAAUUUAA